CUUGAGGCCCGCACAGGCUUCCACCUGAAGCAGCUGCCUCUGGGCGGGAUGAGCGGGCCGCGGGUGCUCGGCGUCGUUCACGAUGCCGUCAUCUUCCUGCUGGAGCAGCUGCAUGGUGCCGCCAACUGCAAACGCCAUCGCUUCCGCUUCCACCGCUGCGAGAACAUAGAGGAAGAGCUUCCUCUCAAUCCAAGCGGCUGCACUCGUACUGAAGUCUACACACGGAAAGCGACUUUUGAUAUGUUCAACUUCCUGGCAUCGCAGCACAGAGAGCUCCCUGUCAUGGUGGGCCCCUUUGAUGAAGAGGAGGAUGAAUUCCCACUUAAAUCUUCCAGGCGAGCCACCAGCAGUGAGCUUCCCAUGGCAAUGAGAUUCAGACACCUGGAAAAAAUCUCCAAAGAAGCAGUAGGAGUUUACAGAUCUGAAAUUCAUGGUCGCGGCCUUUUCUGCAAAAGAAACAUCGAGGCUGGCGAGAUGGUGAUCGAGUACGCUGGCACCGUCAUUCGCUCUGUGCUGACUGAUAAGCGGGAGAAAUAUUAUGACGGCAAGGUUAGAAAACACAGGCACUAUUAUACUGUAUUAGUCUUCAUAAUCACACUCAACUUAUUACGAUUAUACAAUAUUCAGCAGAACUUAAGGGGUAAGGUUAGAAAAACAGGGUGGAAUAAAUGAAAGAUAGUAUGGUAUAAUGUAUUUCAUAUAUUUCCUUUUACAACUGCCUGGCAAUUACAGCAUAAUAGCACACGGAAAAAAGGAAACUUACAUUGAAUCUCAAACUGUUUAUUUACAUAAUUAACAUCUAGCUUUUUGAAAAUAUGGUCUGAAAAAAAAAGUCGGUACAUUUCUAAAAGUAAGUUAUUCCAAAACAGAAAAGAUUUGUCCAAAACCUGAUAAAAGUCCAGAAAAUGCUCGUAACUCACACUAACAUAAUCUAGAUCAGGCAUCCUCAAAGUCCGGACCACAACUGACUCUGGACUCUGAGCAAAUUAUACUUUUCAUAUGUAUUAUCUGUGUUAUCUGUGUUAUCUGUGUUAUCUGUGUUAUCUGUGUUAUCUGUGUUAUCUGCGAGACAUCGCCACAACGCAACGAGUCAAAAUUCUCCGCUAUGUCCACUGCAAACAGCGCGCUGCCUGUACGACUGUUCCACUGUCUGUGUGUGUCUGUCAACGCAU